AUGACAUGUGUAUUGGAUGAAAAGGCAGCUGCAACUCAAGCUCUUGGCUUAUUUUCCCAUAAUACAAAAAGCUCCUUUGCUCUUCUGGUUUACCGUGAUUGUGACCGUCCAGAUGUUAUUGCGGGUGUAGUGGGUAACUUGGACGGCGACGAAACUGCUAUUUCGCGAGCGUUAUCACUUUCCCCUCUACUGAUUUCUUUAAUUGUUUUAACCUAUUUGGAGGAAUCAUUGAAGAUUUUGGAGAGACAUUCUGGGUAUUUUCAUGAAGAUGUGAGGCUUCAAGCAAUUAUUGCUUUGAAACAUAUUUUGACAGCAGCACAUGCAAUCUUUCAGUGCCAGAAUGAUGGGUCUAUGAAGGCAAGAGAAGUGCUAGAUAUGGUGAUGAAUAUCUACAUCAAGACUAUGACUGAAGAUGAUGACAAUGAAGUUGUUGCAAAUGCGUGUAUGAGCAUAGCUGAUGUUAUCAAGGAUUAUGGUUAUAUGGUCUAG